GGCCGUGGCUGCUGUCUAAUCCUCUGAUCCCGCCCCCGUCCUGUUUCUCGCUGGGCUCUCUCCGGCCUGUCUGACAGCGCUCAGUCACCGUGGACAUGGCGGCGCUGCACCGACACCGGGCGAGUCCUCACUGCUCCGCGGGAAUUUGCCAGUCACGUACCCGCAGCACGCCUCUCGCUCUCGGCCGCUGCUGAUGGGAGGGACGAGACAUGGCGAUGGAGGACGAGGACGUUAACGCGGCGGUCGUCGCGAAUAACAACACCCAAACAGGCACCGCCAAGAAGGGAGGGGAUGUCGGGGAUAGCGGGGCUUGCAUCGACAGGCAGCCGGACAAGGUGGUCCACCAAGCGGGGCUGGAUCAGACUGCGGGUCGCGGCAGCCGCAGUGGUCCCGGGGCUGCGACGGGGAUCCGAGUGUUAAAGCAGCGCAACAUGAAGCGGAAUGGGAGUCGCGGCUGUGUGACAAGAAAGACCAGAUUUGGGUCACGAGAACGGGACUGGCUGAAGGGGCACACCCAGCGGGGCUGUGUGUGUCUCUACGGCGCAACCGCGGACCCUCAGCCUCCUGCCUCCGGCCCUCAGGCCUCCUCCACCCCUCAGACCGACCUGCAGUUGGUGCUUUGCUCCACCAGCACCACAGUUGAGGAGCUGUGCGCUCAGAGGGAUGGAAAGGGACUUUAUGUUCAGCUGCACGGAGAUCUUGUCAGGAGGCUGGACCCCUCGGAGCGCCCGCUCCAGAUUCUGUAUGACUACCUGGCGUCUAUGGGCUAUGCAGACCCUGUCCGGGUGCAGCAAGAAGCAGCCAACUCAGACCUCAGCUGUCUGAUCCGUUUCUACAGCGAGCCUCCAGUGAACGCUGACCAGCAGGAGCGCACUCUGCUGAAAGGUGUGUUCAGCGUCAGGAAGGGCAAGACACAGCUGCACAAGUGGGCAGAGCGGAAGGUCAUCCUCUGUGGCACCUGUCUGAUCGUGGCCUCUGUGAAAGACAGCCUGACUGGGAAGUUACACAUUUUACCCCUGGUGGGGGGAAAGGUGGAGGAGGUGAAACGGAGGCAACACUGUCUGAUGUUUAGCUCGGCUGGAUCACAGGCCCAGACGUACUUUGUCAAUUUCGACACACUGGCAGACUACCAGCGAUGGCAUCGACAGGCGUCCAAAGUGGUGUCUCAGACAGUCAGCAUGGUGGAUCUUUCCUGUUACAGUCUGGAAGCAGUGCCUGAGUAUCUGUUCUACAGUCAGGACAUCACCCACCUCAACCUGCGCCACAACUUCAUGAGCCUGCAGGGGCCUGGAGGGCUGCUCAACCUCCCCAGGUUUUCCCAGCUGAAGAGCCUGAACUUGUCUCACAACCGUCUGGGUGUGUUCCCUGAAUGUGUGUGUGAGAUCCUCACCCUGACAGAGCUCAGCCUCUCCUGCAAUAAUCUCCACGUCGUCCCAGUACAGAUAGGCAACCUUCAAAGCCUGCAGACUCUGUCUUUGGAUGGAAACCACCUCAGCUCCCUGCCUGAGGAGCUGGGUGGCCUGUCCCAGCUCAACAGCCUGGGCCUCUCCUUCAACAACUUCUCCCACAUCCCUGCUGUGCUGGAGAGGCUGAGUGCAGUGGACAAGUUGGCCAUGGCUGGGAACAGAGUGGAGACUCUGCAGUUGUGCACUUUGGCCAGAAUGAGCCACCUGAAAAACAUCGACCUCCGGCUGAAUGGGCUGCGCUGGGUGAAAAGUGAGAGUCCAGAUGCGGUGAGCCAGGUGACACAGCUGGACUUACGGGACAACUGCUUGGACACGUUAGACCUGAGCUCCAUCUGCAACCUGGAGACUCUGCACUGCCAACGCAACCAGCUGGCGACACUCACGCUCAGCGGUUUCACACUGCGCAUGCUUCAUGCCAGCAGCAACCGCCUCACUACAGUCAGCAUCUAUCCAGUCCCUAACCAGAUGACACACUUGGAGCUAUCACAGAACCUUUUGGAGUACCUUCCGGACUGGGUGUGUGACUGCAGGAAAAUUGAGAUGCUGGACAUCACACACAACCUCCUGUCUGAGCUUCCUUCCAGACUGCUCAACAGCUUGAGUUUGAGAAAGCUGCUGGCGGGGAACAAUCGUUUGCAGAGAGUGCCUGAUCUACUUGACCACGUCCCUCUGGAAGCCCUGGACCUCCAGCACAACAAGCUGGCUGAACUCCCUGAGAGUCUCUUUUACAAAGCCUUAAACCUGAAAUUCUUAAAUGCGUCAGCCAAUGCCCUGGAAAGCAUUCCUCCUAGCAGCCAAUCAGAGGAGAGCCUCAGCACGCUCCAGGAGCUCUACCUGACAGGGAACAACCUGAAUGAGAACUGUGGUGCUCUGCUGGUUGGACACCAGAACCUGCGGGUCCUUCACAUCGCCUACAACCAAAUGCUCUCCUUCCCUGCCAGCAAGUUGAGUAAGCUGGAGCUGCUGGAGGAGCUAGAUCUGAGUGGCAACCAGCUAAAGACCAUCCCCUCCACUGUGUCCAGCUGUAAGAAACUGCACACCCUAGUUGCACACUCCAACCACAUUACUGUCUUCCCAGAGAUCCUCAACCUGCCGGAGAUCAAGCUUGUAGAUCUGAGCUGUAAUGAGCUGACUGAGAUCCAGCUGCCUGACUCGCUGCCUGCUACUCUGCAAGAGCUGGACCUGACGGGCAACAGCAGCCUGAUGUUGGAGCACAAAACCCUCAACCUCUUCAGUCACAUCACAACCCUGAAAUUAGACCAGAAAUCCACCACAACAGCAGGGGACUCAUUGAGUUCCUCCACUCCAUGGAACCACGGUUACUCUGAAAUGAGCGGCCAAAGAAACAAGUUGUGUGUGUCUGUGCUGACUGUGGACCGGUUUGGAGACGGUGUGGAAGCAUGUUACGGUAUCUUUGAUGGAGACCGCAAUGAGGAAGUGCCUCGGCUGCUGCAGUGCACCAUGGGAGAUGUGCUAUGUGAGGAACUUCAGCACUCCAGUAUUGACAAUGUGUAUAUGUGCAACACUUUCCUCACCUCACACAGGAAACUAGGAAUGGCUGGACAGAAACUGGGUGCUUCUGCCUUGUUGUGUUACAUCCACCAUAAGCCUUCAGAUCCGGGAGGCUACCUCAGCCUUACUGUGGCCAACGUGGGCACCUGCCAGGCAGUGCUGUGUCGGAACGGCCGACCGGUACCUCUCUCUAAGGUUUACAGUUUGGAGAACUGCACUGAGGAGAUGGAGAGAGUUAAACGGAGUAAAGCCAUAAUUACCGAGGAUAACAAAGUGAGUGGAGUGACAUGCUGCUCUCGCCUGCUGGGCUGCUCUUACCUGUCUCCCUGGGUGCUUCCAAAGCCGUGGGUGCACACUGAGCCGCUCUGUUCCCAGGAUGAGUUCUUGAUCCUGGGUAAUCGAGCUCUGUUUGAAUGGGUCUCCUACCAGGAGGCUGUGUGCACCGUGCAGGCUGUGCGAGAUCCACGUGCUGCUGCAAAGAAGCUGUGUUCGCUCGCCCAGAGUUACGGCUGUAAGGACAACAUCGGGGCAGUGGUGGUGUCGCUGCAUAUCGGCGAGGACAGCUGCACCUGUGAGCCACAAGUCUCCACCACCGACCGCGGUCCCCCUCCUGCCCCUGCGCCUGUAACCGUGACCCCAGGCCCCAGUGACCCAGCCAUGCUUUCAUCGAGCAGUGGUUUAGUCUCUGAGUUCAACAGUGAGACAUCAGCCUCAGAGGUGGGCAGUGAGGCGGGGUCCACCGCUUCAGACGAGCACCAAUCAUCUGGGCCUGCACCCCGCCCAGAGAGACGGUGUAGCCUUCACCCUGCUACUACGCUGUGUGGGAUCAUGGUGCCAGGCUCAGGUGGUUCAGCAACCCACCCGGGUCUAUUCCAGCGUCAACCCUCCUGCGCUACGUUCUCGAGUAACCAGUCCGACAACGGCUUGGACAGUGACGAUGAAGCUCCGCUUGAGGGAGUCAUCUCCAAUGGCAGCAAGUUAGAAGUAGAGGUGGACAUUCACUGCUGUGCUUUCCAGCUACGGUCAGGGUCCACCGAGAGCUCCAAAGACUUUGACCUUGAAAAGCGUAACUCUGACUACCCCAAUGGUAAAAUGCGUAGACAGAACAGCGUGGUGGUUUCUGCCACAAAUGGCUGCCUGCUGGCUGUAUGUGGGAGAGAGAUCGCUGACCUUAAGAAAUCUCCUUCCACGUGCAGCUUGUUUGGGAAGAAGUUGUCCAAUGGCUCGGUGGUGGCUCCUGAGGACAGUCACAAUCUUAUUGAAGUGGCCCUGGAGGCUCCAAAGAAAAAGUCUGGUUACUUCACUGCCCCAGCCCAGCAGGACCCAGAGGAUCAGCUUAUUGUUCCACCAAGUCUGGAGCAGGAAGUCAGGGAGCAGUUAAGAGGCCAGAACCCUCUAGUCUCAGGCUCCUCCGCACCCUCCAUAAUACCCUCCUUCAAAGAGCCCGUUUGGGAUCAUCCACACCCUCCUGCUUUUCCCUCCAACCUGGUUCCAGGUCCAGGCCCAGCUUCCUUUCUACAGCAGGAAGUCUACGAUACUGCCCUCUAGGGGGGGACACAGCAGAGCAGCCUGUGGCUGCAGUUCUGUGAACGUGCCAUUCCAGGAAAGAAGAAGAGAUAUUUCUCACACGUGUGGGAUAUUCCAAUUCAAGUUGCCAUUCAGAUCCAUUGUGAGGACAAGAAAACCCUGUUGGACCUUGACAGUCGUCAUCCGUGAUGUGGUACCAUUAAGUCGAGGUCAUAGGCUACUACUGAGUAUCCAAGAAAACAGGGGUAAUCACGUUUCUACUUCAUAACACGAUGUUGUGAAAAGGAUUGCAGGUUACCAGAGUAAAACAAACCUGACCUGACAUGAGAUACCUCGUGUGUCUAAACAUGUCAGCAACAUUUCCCUUUACUUGGAAGAUCAAGCAAUCUGGAGGGUGUGUACGGGAUGAUGGUGUUCAGUGAGGUCAAAUCUCCUCUCCGGGGACUCUGUGGUCUCUCAGGUCCUGGAGAAAAGCCCUGUGACUGAAACUUGAAGAAGUGCCUACGAUCCAGCCUAGAGCUCCCCCACGUCCAGGCUGUGUUUAGGGAUGUGAGCUUCUUAGUUAAGGACAGACCGUGUCUCCAAGAGACCAGCGCUGGCACAGCUUUCGCUCUCCUCCUCUUCCUGUGGCUUACAAAGGGAACAGACAGUAUAAAUGCUUGAAAGGCUCAUUGGAUAAAAAGACAAAAUAACUGCAUUUACAUGGCCAGAACCAUUGUAGUCAUGUUUUAUUUUUAAUAACCCCACACAAUAUAGAUAUAAAAUCUCCUAUAUAUGAUAAUUUAAUUAUACACACUCACAAUUGGCCUCUAGGUGAUGUAGUGUGCUUGAGCUGCUGACACUGAGAUUGAAAGGCAUUUCCAUUGAGAGCAAUGUAUUUUUGAAAACUGUCAAUUAUAAUAUAAAAGUUAUUCAACUCUACUGAGCUGAUGUGUCGUAGGAUUCAAAAAUCCUUUUAUCAGUAUAAUCUCUGACUGUGCAUGAUCACAUGGUCAUCUUCAAAAAAGACUUAAAGUUUAUUGAAUUUAAACAUUCGAAAACCAAACACCAGACAAAGGAAAGAAGGAUAUAGAAUAAUAACAUAUGUAAUAUUUGAAGAAUACCAAAAGAUAAAUACAAACAUAUAUAAAUAUAGAUUAAGGUAAAUCAAAAUAGCUUUUUCAACCUGUUAGAUGUCCACUCUUAGUCUUUAAAAGAUGAGUGUUUAAAUGUUGUCCCUGUAAUAGUGUCCAUAUAAUGUUUCAUCUCAUUCAAUUUCUUUCAUUUGAACAAACCAGUUGAGGCACAAAACUAAAAUAUUCCACUGUAUCGUUACAAUAUGAAGGAUACAUACAAUAUUUGUAUGUAUUGCAGAUUAUGAAAUAUUUUCAAUGGUACUUAGUAUAAAUCCAAACUUUGGAGGCUUCUUCACUUUUACAUUUCUAAACAUCCCUGUGACCCACUGACAUUUACAGUUUUCAUUUCAAAUCUUUUAGCUCACCUCUCAAACGCACCCAAAUGAUUUUCCAUGUGUGUUACUGUUAUGUUUUUGUCUUGUUUCCUGGAAGAUCGGGUCUGUGCACACAAGGUGUCACACAUUUUGGAGCAGAUCCCACAGUUCUAGACAUAAAUGCACAAAACUGGGAUUAUAGAAGACUAUAACUUGAUAUAGCUUGUCUUUGUCACUCAGACAUAUUGCAUCUAUCCUUAUUCCUGAUCAAGAGACAAUGUUUCUGUAGGACUCAGAGGAUGUGCUCUAUUUUCUUAUUAGUUACAUGCUGUGUUUUCCCAAUUGUUUUCUUAAAAUAUGUUUGACCAAUCAUAUUCAUCUCAGUUGAAAGGGGGUUUUCAAAAACUGCGUUACUUACAGUACUGUCCCCACCUUGUGCCAAAAGAGAGGUCAGCUCUGCUGCUCGGCUGCUGUGGUCAUGACGGCCAUAAGUUUGGUAAUUGCUCGUGGUUUCCACAUUAGAUGUAUAUUUUUAUGUAGCAUUCCAACUUGGUAGUGGUGCAGUUCUGGCAUUCCUCAGCUGAAACACAGCUGGACCUUCAGUGUUCCCUUCAAGCCUUAAAGUAACACGACCCAGUGUUUUUAAGAGGAGGAGCUCUUUGAUUCAUCUGCCUGGUUCAGUUUGUUACUGAACUCUGAGGAGGAUGUUUUUUAUUAAAGCAAACCCCCCUCGGCCCUUUUGUCUUUGCUCCACAGGAAUGAGUGAUAAGUCGCUGAUGAAGCCUUAAUUGAUGUAUGAGUCUGAAUCUUUUUUUCCUGUUAUUUGAAAGUGUUGUCUCUUGAAAGGAAUACACACUGUUGAAAGCACUUUGUACAUAAAAAAGGUAAUGACUUUAAUAUAUGAGAUAGUGAUCAACAUGGUGUGAUGGGAUUAAUGUGGCUGUCCUCAGCCCAACAUAUCACCUCUUAUCUAAGAAUACAUAGCCAAUGAGAAUGAUGACAAUGUGAAGUGACAUAACAAUUCAUUUAUGACCGUUUUUAGUAAAAAACGAAUAAUUCCCUUUUUAGUAAAUAGGAUUUUGUUUUCUCUCACUUUCAUCUGAAUUUUGUUUUGACCGAUAUUCAAAGUUUCAACAACAGCACCACAAACAGCAGUGUCCUGAACAUCACUACAGUAAUGUAACUCUGUCAAAACUAAAUUAUUGGGCCCCCUUCUGGCUGAAAAU